UUGAAAACGCUGCUUGAAAAAUUAUUUUGUGAAAACCAGUAUACGAUUUAUAUAGAAUGGAUCUAGACUUCAAUAACGAUUUGGAGAAACGCAUUUCGGAUGCAUUUUGUGUAUUCGAUCAUCAUGGCGACAAAUUGAUUGAUGUGCGUGAGGUGGGCACAGUUUUGAGGCUGUUGGGCUGUGUGCCCACCGAGCAGGAGGUCAACGAGGUCAUCUCGGCCACCGAAACGGAGGAGACAAGCGGCGUGGUGCAUCUAACCAAAUUUCUGCCACAUGUCUCGCAGUUGCUCAUGGAACGCAAAAUGGAGCCAGCACCGCCGGAGAAAAUUCUGGAAGCUUUCAAGAUAUUGGACUUUGAGAACAAUGGCUAUUUGACCAAGGAGAGCUUUGGCAAACUGAUGAUGGAGGAGGGUGAACCGUUCACCCAAGAGGAAAUGGAUGAAAUGUGGCCAGUGGCAAUAGAUCCCAUCAGCGGACAUAUACCCUAUGAAUUGUAUUUGAAUCAAUUAAUGGUGUAUCUUUAAAUAAAUGUACAGUUUGGCUUGCUGACAGGUCUCAUAUGGAA